AUGCGCCCCGUGGCUGGGGGAUUUAUUUCCGAAAAUGUCGGCUGGAGGUGGGUACAAGGAGUGUGUGUGAUCUUCAUUGUAAUAAUCGGCAUUCUGGGUGUCGUCUUUGUUCCAGAGACAUACGGUCCGGUAUUGCUGCAAAAGAAGGCGAGUCGAUUGUCCAAGGCUGAUGGCAAGGCUUAUAUUAGUGUCCUUGAAAAAGGUCAGGGCAAGAAAAAACCUUCUGAAGUUUUCCAGCGAGCCCUGUUCCGACCCUGGGUUUUCCUUUUCCUGGAACCCAUUGUCUUGGUGGCGUCGGUUUACAUAGCUAUUGUCUAUUCCACAGUCUACAUGUUCAUGGGCGCUAUGCCGAUCGUGUACAACGAAGACCGCGGCUGGAGCGAGGGCGUCGGAGGCCUGUCAUUUCUAGGAAUUACCGUGGGAAUUAUCUUUGGAUUGAUUUAUGCCAUCUGGGACAACAACACCCGGUAUAUGAAGCUGUUCCUAUCUAAAACCUCGACAGCCGAAUCCCACUUGCCACCCGCCAUCGUCGGCGCUGUCGCCCUCCUAAUUGGCAUGUUUGCCUUUGCCUGGACCAAUUAUCCCAGUAUUCACUGGUCCGUCAGCAUCGUCCUGUCCUCGCCCUUUGGCUUCGGCUGCGUGCUUGUACUCUUGCCAAUCAUGAACUACCUUGACGCCUACACAAUCUACGCCGCCUCGGUUCUGGCAGCGGCCGCUAUCUUCCGUUCUAUCAUCGGCGCGCGCCGUGUUCCCUCUGUUCACAACACAGAUGUAUCAUAA